GCCUCCAGCAGACCAACCAAACAGCAGCAGCAGCAGCUUAAUGCGUUCACCUGAUGCAGCGAGAUUUGUGUCAAUCUGCAAUCGUACAAAAAUCCGACGCAGCACCAGAUUCAAUACACCAAAAGGGGUUUUCGGUGCGUGAGGUCACCUGAAAGUGCAAUACACAGGCAGCUGAACCGUGGUGCGUAAGACCAGUUGUGAUUAGAGCGUAAUUGCGCGUACGCCAGAAUGAGACGUAGCAGGAAAUAGCUGAUCAAUUUGGAGCAAUACGCAAAGAUUGAUACGCAACCAUGGCAGACAUCAAGCUCGAUAUGCCGGCGGAAGAUGACAUGGCCACCCGGGUGUUCUGGGAGAUUCUGUCUCCGCUCGGGUACAUUCCACAGCCGGUGAAGGAAGCCCUGCGGGGAACCGGCUUCGAUAACCUGCUGUCGCUGUCGGCCAUGCGCGAAUCCGACCUGGACGACAUCGCAACCCAGUUCAAGCUGCCCAUGGGUCAUCGCCGGUUGAUCAAAGUCCUGUCCGAACGCAUCAACCAGAUCGGGAUGGAUGACCUAACGUCGAAGCUGCUGCGGAAGCUGGACCGUCACGCGACCACCGUGGUCAAAGUGUCCAAACCAACACCCCCCAACCCCACAAGCAGUGACUCCCGUGACGAACCACAAACACCGCCGGCUGCUCCGCACAGUGCCGUCAAAGCGGUUCCCUCCGCGGAAUCCCUAGUCGAGAUCUACCGCUCAAAGCUACAGCAAAACAUUCUCUCCUGGUUGACGUCCCACGGCGAAGUCGGGUCGAAGGAGGUCGAACUCCCGGACAUCAACAUCAACGUCUCCAUCCAGGACGGCAAACUCCAGGGUUCAGUCAUCUGCCCGUUCUGUCGGAUGGAAAUCAAAAUCUACAUCCGAGCGCCGGACGCGGACAGCAGCGGGGCCAUCGCAAACUCAAACUACAUCAAGCACUACAACCGGAUGCACCGGAAGGUUCCCCUCCCCGAAAUCCCCGCCACCGUCAGUUGGCCAUCGCCGUUCGGUCAAGGAACGCCACCGCCCGGCACCAUGAUGGCCCUCGAGCAGCAUCAGCAAGCGCUGGCACAACUUCACGCGGAACAGCAAGCUGCGGCGGCGUACGCGGCCGUAACGGCAGCCGCCGGGGGCAGCGGUUCCGGCGGCGCGGUGGCAGGUUCCAGCGCGGCGCAGUUGCCUAAUCCGGCGGCGGCCGCCGUGUACGAACUGCUGUUCAAGCAGGAGUCCAACAGUUGGGAUGACUAGUAGUAGCAAUAGCUGACGGAUCUCGGCGACAGUAUUUUCUGAAAAUUUAACUCCUAGAGAUAGACCACGAGUCGGAAGGUAGCGUACCUUUAGGCGCAAGCAAUGCAUUUGUAAAAAAAACAAAUUUGGCACAAAAUUCCUAUAACUAUAGAACGUAUACUAAAUAUAACCUAAAAUGUUUGUGUGAACAUACAG